UGCCCCAUCGUUGGUGUCAGUGGGGGAGGAAUAGUGCCCCAUCAUUGGUGUCAGUGGGGGAGGAAUAGUGCCCCAUCAUUGGUGUCAGUGUGGAGAACAGUGCCCCAUCAUUGGUGUCAGUGGGGGAGGAAUAGUGCCCCAUCGUUGGUGUCAGUGGGGGAGGAACAGUGCACCAUCAUUAGUGUCAGUGGGGGA